AUGGAGAGAAAUAAACAAAAGGGCAUUACGUCUAACAAUCCUACUGGUGCCGAUUCCUCUUUGCACCUCUGUUUCCACCUCUCCCCACCCUACACAUCUGUUCCAGAGGGCAGGAUCACUGUGGAGGUAGACAAACUCAUCAGAGCAGAUUCCAGCACAAAACCUGUUAUGUCUGUGAUAAGAUGUCAUAUCCCCAUCAAGAAGGUGUACGCCUCUCAUUGGAUGAGGGCUGGCAAGGGCAAAAUGAGAAACCGCCAGAGGAUCCAGCGCAGGGGCCCCUGCGUCAUCUACAAUGAGGACAACGGCAUCGUCAAGGCCUUCCGGAACAUCCCUGGGAUCACUCUACUCAACGUGACCAAGCUGAACAUCCUGAAGCUCGCACCCGGCGGGCACGUGGGGCGCUUCUGCAUCUGGACGGAGAGUGCCUUCCGGAAGCUGGACGACUUGUACGGCACUUGGCGUAAAGCCGCGUCCCUCAAGAGCAACUACAACCUUCCCAUGCACAAGAUGCUCAACACAGACCUCAGCAGAAUCUUGAAGAGCCCAGAGAUCCAGAGAGCGCUCCGAGCACCACGCAAGAAGAUCCAUCGCCGCGUCCUGAAGAAGAACCCGCUGAAGAACCUGAGGAUCAUGUUGAAGCUGAACCCGUAUGCAAAGACCAUGCGGCGCAACACCAUCCUGCGGCAGGCCCGGAACCACAAGCUCCGCGUGGAGAGGGCGGCUGCGGCACUAGCAGCCAAAUCCGACCCGAAGGAGGCGCCAGCCAAGAAGAAGCCUGUGGUGGGGAAGAAGGUGAAGAAGCCCAGGGCCGUGGGCAUGAAGCAAAAGAAGAAGCCCGUGGUGGGGAGGAAGGCCACUGCCGCCAAGAAGCCAGCUGCAGACAAGAAGGCUGCCGACAAGAGGGCCGGCCCGGAAGACAAGAAGCCUGCUGCCUAACGUGGCAGCUCGUUUAUCCCGGGCCACUUAUUUUAAAUAAAAGCCUAUGAGAGAUGAU